UACAGAGACAAAUGAUCACUGUGCACAGAACCGCAGAACCGAGAACCGCAGCGGAACGGUUCAGCAAACAAAGUGUUUUUCACACGGACCGCAGCAGCAAGAACACCAACGUGCAACUUGUAAACAGACGCGGGAAGCUUCAGCGUGAACGUCAUUAUCGGAGGAUAUAUUUAGAGAAAAGUGCGUGGUAUUGUAUUGUAGGUCAUGACGGACAUUUUAACUCUUGUGUUUAGGACUUUUAUGUCACAAACAGAUGUAAGGAAGGAGAUUGGAGUCAGUCCUCCAUCACGGACAGCAUCCAGCACGCUGAUUGUCGGAGAUCACAGUAUCAGCCACUCUGUGCUUCUGCUGACGGCUGUGACAGCUGCCUCAGAGAUGGGGAUGAAAGUAAUGUUCUUCACCCAAACAAAAAUUCAAAAGCUUCCAGUGUCUCUGCAGAAAUGUGUUCCCAGCCUGAACCCGGAGAGUUUAAAGAAAAUCAAGUUUUCCUAUCCCAGGACAGUGGAAGAGCUGCUGUUGCAGGUGGCCAGCCUUCACGAGUCCACCAACACGUCUCCCACACCUCCCUCACUCAUCAUAGUUGACAGGCUAGAGGGCUACCUGUGUGGUUCUGGUGGUGGCAGCCACAGUGGAUAUCACCUAGAUGAGCAGUCCCGCACUGCACAUCUGUCCGCGCUGCUGUGCGACAGUGCUGCCUUUCUGACACAUCUGCUGGAACAGCGCUCGUCUAGCUCGGCCCCCUGCCGUCUCAUCGCGUCUUUCCAGUCAGAAGUGGACACUGGAGACGCUGCUGGGGAGACAUCCGCCACUGAUCCAAUCCUCGAUGUUCUUGAUCGCUAUUUCCAGGUACGCUGUACUCUGGACCGAGACAGGAGCUAUCAAGCUGCAGCAGCUGGGCUUCAGGAGAUGUGGCACAUUUACCUUUCUGGGAGAGGCAUGACUGAGGCCUCCAGCGCCAAAGACUGUGAGGACAGGACAGGUGAAGCCAAAGAGUGGCAGCUGUUAAUUUUUCCUGAUGGUUUAAUGGAGUUUAAGUUGGUUUGAAAAUGUCUGCAUCAAAGACUGGGGGAUAUAAAUUUAAGCAGUAAUUUAUUAUCAGUGGUGAUGAGAUGCACUGCAGUGUAACAGGCCUUAGCAACUGUUGCACUUUAUCUUGUAAGAGGAGCAGAUUAUUACUUCAUUAGCAAAGGGAUUUGUGUUGAUGUUUUCAGCCUCUUCAUCUGUUUAAGAGAGCAGUGGUUGCCUUAGCUUUGACUCGUCUCUUCUGGUCCAAUGUCAUGAGAUAAAAAUGUUCACCAAAUCUUGCUGCCUUGUCAGUGAUACGUGAUGCCACCCGCUCACUGGUCAUCAUUUCAGAUAUCAGUUAACAGGGCCACAGUGGUUGUAGAUGUACAAGAUUUAUUGACUUGAAUAAUAUGACAAAAACUAGAAAAAUAGGGAUAAAAUCUUACACAAAAUUACACAGACAUUGAAUGAACAUUAUGAACAUUAUUGAACAGUGGUUUCCAACAUUUUUGGUACAAGACUUCGAAGGGAAGUCUACCUGUGAUCCCUCACAAACGAAAAAAAAGAAGAAAAGGGUGAGGAAAACUGUACAUUCAAAUAAACAAAUAUUUUAUAUAGCA